AUGUGGCCGGACGUCACGGAGCUUGUGGACAGCUUUCAGAACGCUUCGUCCUCCAAUCUGAGUGCUUCACGCAGCGCCAACGUCAGCUUGUCGCAUCGCAUGGACUUGUCUCCGCUGCAACUGCAUGAUGAGGCGGCGCCCCUACGCAGCAGCACCGGCUUGGCGGCCACCUUUGGUGGGCUGUCGCCUUCUCUGCCUAGCCAGCGGCAAUCCAUAGGGCAGCCGCGGCGGCACAACGGCGACAAGCUUCACCACGCCAGCCGCGACAGUAGCCCUAACUCCACCAUCGGAUCCUGUAGCGGAGGUGUACCAACUUCCCAGGCAAGCUUGCCGCUGCUGGCCGGUAUGAUGGCCUCGCGCAAGGAGCUUUUCACCGAGCUCACCGUCCCUUCCACCCAACCGAUGAAUGGGCAGCCACAGGGCCAAGGGAUGAGCUCCUCUCCCGUUGAUGCCGCACAACCACCGAUAUCACAGGGUGGGGUUGGUAGUGCUUCGCACGCUCUCUCGCCGCGUGAGCUGUCCACCCUGGAAAGUCUUAGCCCUAGCGGACCGGUGGCUGGGCUACUAGUCACAUCCCCGCCGGGUAAGGACUUAUCAAACGCUGCAUUACGCGGUGGUUUUCUGUCCGAAAGCAUCUCCCUCGUCGAGUCAUCAGUGUCGUCCAUAUCACGUAGCGCACUCCGGCUGCACCGCGGCAGAGCGCGUGAUCGCCUUCCCAGCGACCGCGAAGACUCCAGCGGCAAGAGCGGCGGCAGGAAUGAUGAUGUGCCGUCGCAGGUGCAACUGCCACUCAUCACACGUUCUCUGACGAGCAACUCCGCCAGCUUGCAAGGUCGCCAGCUUCUCACCGCCCUGCAGGAGCUGGAGGGUUCGAGUGCCGGUAUUGGGUUGCCGACGCUGUCUUGCUCCUCUUCGUUCACCUCGAUGCACCACGAAGACGAGGGUCCGUGCCUUGCGCCAGCCCUAAAGAUUGUGUUGGAGGCGUCGGUAGCUGUUGGGCAGCCACCGCGGCCGCUGCAUUCGGUGCCCCUCCCCGAAGGCAGAGAUGAGUGUUGUGAUGUCAACUCAAUCAAGCCAUCCAGCUCAUCCAGCUUGGUGCAGUCCGCACGCCGUGCGACUACCAUGGGGAUGGGCAGUGAUGACGAUGCCAAGACGGGAGAGCAUCAAUCGACCCCAAUCGAGGCCAGUGACCGCGGCGGCGGCACCAGCAUAUUUGUCACAGCACCGGUGUUGCUCACGGUGGAGGCGGCACCGCUGACGCUGUCAGGCGGUCUGACGGGCCAAUCAUCCUCAGGGAACUCGACCGGGAUGGGGCAAAUGACCUGUGCAAGCACCGCCGCCUCUCCGCUUGCAAAAAACGCGGCCGUCACGUUGAUCCCGAACUCGGGUUUCAGCAGCUUCGACACCGCCGUUCUCGAGAACGGGGAUUACGCGCCAGAGGCAACCCGACCGCCGACCGGCGAGCGUUCCAGCGGCCCCAAGCACGGAAGCUUGCAAAGCCUCGACCACGACAACUACACUACCGCCGCGCGCGGCGCGACGGGCCAGCAGCGACCUAGCGACUCCAUCGAGAACGAUGACGCCGUCCACCAGAAGCGGGCGAAGCGCCGCCUGAGGAAGACGCGGAAGAAGGACAAGGCCAAGCGGCAAAAAAACGGCGAGACAGUGGCGGAAGGCGAGAACGGCGCGGCUGCUGAGGCGCUGAAGGCGGUUGCGGUUGCUCACAGGUCGGACAGUGCCCUGGCCCGCAAGCGCGAGCGCAAGCGACAGCUGAAGCACGAGAAGAUGAAGGAGAUGUCGUCGGAGGAGCGUCGCCAGUACAAGGCAGAGCAUCAGCGCCGGCGUGCUGCGAAGAAGGCAAAGCGUUCCUCCGCAGCGGCGGUCUCCCCACACCUUGAGCGCGGCGAUCAUGGCGACUGGAGCGGCAGCAGGCCGCACCACGGCAGCGACCCCUCUGCUUUGUCUCCUGCGCCCGUGCCCACGGCGGGUGCUGUUAAGCAGCAUCCGCCGCUGUCGUCCUCGCCGGAACCGCCUCAGCCGUUGGCACCUGUUACCGCUGCGGCUGCAGAUCCUGAUGCCAAGACGACAAGCUCGCACGCGCGGCAGUCAUCAACAAAGUCGGAAGUCGAGCAGAGCUUCCCGAGCCUGGUCGAGAGGUCCUCUUUGGUGGAUUUUGCCGCGACACUUUCGCCGCAGGUCCUCGCCAGCACGUGCAGCGCGUUAACGAAUGCGCAGGUCGACGGAGGCGGUACCUUGCUGAAAGCGCUUGGAGUGCGGCGGUGCACGAGCGCCUCUGGUAGAGACGUUCCCGUCGCUCCCAGCACGGCGCUUCCGUCUAAGUUGAUGCCGAGCACCCCGGCGCCGUUUCGGCGUCGCUUUUUCAUCGACAUCGCUGGCAGGCCGCGAGAUCAGGGAGACGCGAACAGCUUCCUCCACGUAAGCAGCAGCACCCCAACCAACGUCAGCGAUCUGGAGGGGCAGCUGCACGCACACGAGGCGGACGCCGAAGGCUGCGGCGUGGAGUGCGAUGCUACGCUUGAGGCAAAUGACGGCGGCGCGGAUAACUGCGAUGACGAGAGCCGAGGUCCACUGCGCAGACAACCGAUGGAUGAAAGCGACUCCGCCGACGGUGUGAUUCCCGAGCGCGCUCCGAUGUCCAACGAGGGUGCGCUGAGUCCAGCUCCGCAUCUUCCCGCAGCCGCAGCGGGAUCCGGAACAGCUGCCAUUCUGGAGCUGAAGCAGCAGCAGGAGGUGCAGCAGCGUCAUCGGUUGCCCUCGCUGGCGGCCGACACUUCACUCCCUGCCAUGCUUGUCCCCGUGGCCAAUAGCGAUGGCGCCUCGGCCGAUGCAAGCGAGGCUUCGCUGAUGACUGCGUCUGCCUCCGGACGCGGGGCCGAUCAUUGUCAAGGGUCGAGCCUGCCUCUGCGACCAGGUGCGGAGACGAGCCAAUCAGUGGAGCCAGACCUGAACCAGUCGCGCCCGGGCGAUGCGCUGACAGGCCCCGUCACGAAGGGGACCGCUGCCAUCUCCGCGACCUCCAUGCCAUGCUGCUCCGCAUACAGUCGAUCUCAUACCAAGGAUGAUGUGCCGGCAGCAGUCGAGCCGGCUGUGACGGGUGCUGGUGGUGCGGAGGGGUGUGGCGCCGGGCAAAAAGCUCUAACAUCGGCGGCAGCCGCAUCAACAGCAGUGGCGGCGGCGCGGAAGGCCAGACGGAGCCCGUCCUCGUCCUGCUCUUCCUUGCGGAGCCGCAGUAGCGACGACGAGAGCGCCGACGGCAGCUCUGGGUACAGCUACAGCAGCUACAGCAGCAGCGGUAGCUUGGUGCCGGAGGUGCUGCAGCUGGUGGGAGGCUGCACUGUGCCGCCCCCUGUGGCUGCCUUCUCCGAUCUCAAGUACCGCUACUCGUGUGUGCCGCAGCUGCACAGCUACGCCGAGCCGGCCAUCAUCCACGAGUGGAACCUCACCGAGGGCUGCUGGGGCAGUGUGGAGACGAGUGUGGUGCUCAGCCCACAGCCCUUCGCGAAGGGGAACAUGCGUGCGUCCUACUACAUGAUCGACAUGCGUCGACUCAACUGCCUCUUGGUGGCGAAGCGGUACUUGAAGUCGUCCGUCAAGGACGACCAGUACUUUGACGACGUUUCAAUGCACAGCAUCGCGGGGCACUGGGCACGUGUCUUCAACAUGAUGCGACCACCGAAGGAGGUCCGCUUCGUCCCUGCGGCUGUGCUGAUCCUACCGAAGCGCAACCCGCCGCUGAUACUGGCCAUGGAGCCGCAGCUGACAGGCAAGUUUGUGAAGUACAAUAACAACUGCGGCUAUGUGCGGCGAAAGGCGCGGUGGACGCCGCAGGCCUUCUCGCACUUCACGUACCACGCCAGCGAUCAUGAGCUGAUGGUGGUGGACAUCCAAGGCGUCGACGACUACUACACGGACCCGCAGAUUCUCUCCGCAGACGGGGAGGGAUACGGCCGCGGCAACCUCGGCGAAGAGGGCAUCCGGCGCUUCCUCGAGAGCCACAAGUGCAAUGAGGUUUGUCGUGCUGUCGGCCUGCCUCCUCUGCAGCGCAACGGCAAAGGUGCUGUUAUCACACCUUUGGCGUCGCCAGGGAGUGGCCGUAGCAGCGCUGGGCCAGGUACACCGGCGGCAAAGGAUCAUCUGACUACGGCAAUACCCUGCGCGUCUGGGUUGAAGGAGGAGCGACUCCCCCCAAAGGCCUUCAUGCUCGCCCGCCGCGCUUCCUCGGGGAAUACUCCAGGCCCCGAGCACAACGGCGUGCAGCUCGGCUCGCGACAGCCAAGCGAAACCGCCCUGAUGUUGUCGCCAGUGCCGCCACCGCGGCAGACGCUGCGCACCGGCACCAGGCCGUCGUCUCCGUCGCCACUGGCAGCAGCGCCGUCUGCACUGACCCCGGGGGCCUUGCCACACCGCGUGGGGCCGGUGCAGAACUGCGGCGUGAAGUACAUGCGCUACCCACGGCAGGCGCUAAUCCGGCCGCAGAGCCAGUACUUCGUCUCCACUGUCGCGGGCGGCCUCAUGUCAGUGCCGCAGCAAGGCAGCAGCGCGCCAAAUGGGUACAGUAACGGCAGCUCCUUUUCGGCGCUUCAAGGCUACCCACCAGUGAGUGAGCAGAGUGGCAGCAAGGUGGGCGGGUCGCCAACCAGCGGGAGCGCCGGCGCGCCUAGCGGUAUGGCUGGUGUUGGCCACGGCGGUGCAAGUUCCCCGCCACAAGGCUCUGUGAUGGUGGCGGUGCCGCUGCUGCGUCCGCCGGCGGGGGGGCGCCCCGGAUACACCGGCGCCCAGUCUAGCGUUAGCCCGGAAGGAUUCCACCUCUUGACGGCGCCGAGGAGCGGAGAGAACGUCGGCUCGUUUCACCAGGCGCCGCAUUUGCGGCCCGGUGGAACGGCCAAUCUUGGCGGCGGCAUGCCCAAUUUCUACCCGCGCCCGCCCGUGACGGGCGCUGUCGGCAGCCCCACUGGAAGAUGCGCCUCGCACCAGAGCUCGUUUACUGCAGCGGCGCCGACGAUUCAAUCCACCGAAGAGGUGACCACGACAAAUAGGCCAAGGUCACAUCGUCAGUCCUUCAGUCGCCGGCCGGUGUUCUCGGCGGUUGAGGAGAUGCCGAAGAGGUCCGAGCCCCGCUACCAUGGUCACCCUCAUCCGCACUGA